AUGAAUUUAAAGGAUUUAGAGGAACUUUUAGAUCUAAAAAAAUAUUAUAAUGAAAUAUGUGAAAAAAUUGUAGAUAAAUAUAAAGAUGUUGUAAAUCGUUUUGAGUAUGAUAAAGAUAUAGUUAGGUAUAUCAAAACCAAUAAAAUAAAUGAUGAAAUAGAAAGCGAAGAUUGGUUAUAUUUUUAUGAAUUAUUAAAAGAUCGUAAAAUAUUAGAAAGGUGCAUUGAUAUGAAUAAUAAUAAAGAGUUAAUAUUAUUUAAUAGCUUUCAUUUAGACGAAGAAGCAAGUUUUAUAAGUUGUUUAAAUUAUUACAUUAAAGUAAAUAGAUAUAAUAAUGUGAAUCAUAACUGGAUGGGAAUGAGUGAAAAUCCAUUUAGCGAGUAUGUAAGUAAUAAUGAAAUUUCUUUUUAUUAUCAUAACAAUUUCAAAAACAAAGAUGAUGAUAAAAAAUUUUCUUCUUAUAUAAAUAUACCCUCAAAUAUAGAAGAAAAGAAAAAUAUAGAUUCUACAUUAGAACAUAAAAAAUUCUCUCCCUUGUAUUAUUUAUUAUAUAUACAAGAUAAUGAUAAAUGGAUAUCAGGAAUAAAUAAUUCAGGUAAUAUCCUUCAUUUGAAAAAUAUUGACUAUAUAUGGAACAAAACAGUAAGAGAAAAUAAUAAAAUAAAACUAUUUCAUUUGAUAACUUCAAAUAGUGUAAAAAUGGAUAAUAUAUAUUAUAAAUUAAAAAAAAGAGAUGAAGAAUUAACAGCUGAAAAUAUAGAUAUUGAUAAAAUCUUAUGCGUUAGUCAAUUGGUAUGCGCUUUAGGUAUGUUAGAUAUUGGAGGAUUUUAUAUUAUGAAAGUGAAAUUAUCUUUUGAUAAUUUUCUCUUGUCUGUUUUUUCUAUUUUAUCUAUUUGUUUUAAAAAAAUAGAAGUGUAUAGACCUUCUUGUUGCUAUUUAAGGGAUGUAGUAUUUUUAAUAGGUAUCAAUUUUAAUGGUAUUACAUCUAUAUUUCUCUCUAGUUUAAAUAAUUGGGUUCAAUCAGCACAGAAAGAAUUAAUAUAUUUUUCUGAUACUAAAAAUAAAGAUGACAAAAAUGAAAAUGGUGAGAUGACUAAAACAAAAAAUUAUUUAAAUAGCAAUAUAAUACCAAGAAAAUGGAUAAAAAAUACUUUUUUCCAAGAAUAUAAAAAUUGCAUCAAGCAUUUUAUUGAUUAUCUAAUUUAUUACUUAAAAAAAUGUAUAAAUGUCUCUAAUAUUAAUUUAAUUAAAAAAAAUAUUGAAAACACAAAAAAUACCUAUGUUUCAAAAUUUUUUGAAGAAAACAAAAUAGUAGAUAUUAAAAAAAAAGAUAAAUUACUACAUAAAUUAGUUAAUAUAUAUGAAGAUAAGGAAUUAUUACAUAAAUAUGUUCAUACAGAUAAUGAAAAUGAUUUAUUAAGUAAAAAAGAGUGGGGAAAUUAUUCCGAAAAUUUAGAUUCCUGCUAUACAAGUGACGAAGCUAUAUAUAGUAAUAAAAAAAUAUCUAAAAUAAAAAAUAUGCCAUUUCAUAUUGAGAAAAGGGAAGCAUAUUUUGAAAACAUUUACAGCAAAAAUUUAGAUUGCAAUAAUAAUAUAAAAAGAUACAGUAAGAGAAUUGCAAGUCUUCUAAAAAAAAUAAAAUACAAAAAUAAUAAAGAAAAUAUGGGAGAGAAGGAAUUGUUUCAAUUAGAUAAAGAAAUAUUAAAGAAAAGAAUAUUUUUUAUGGAGAAAAGUUUUCUUUUAAAACAAGAAAAUGAAUUUCAAUUUUUAUUACAAAAACAAGCAUAUAUAAAUAAUAGAAAUUGGUUUAGGACAUAUUUACAAAAUGAUAUAUCAAAUUUUGAGAAACCUUUUUAUUUAAAGAAAACUAUUUUUAAAGAUAUUUUAAAAUGCAGAUAUUACUUAUAUUAUAAUAAUUAUCAUAUGCAUAUAAAUAGUUUAAGGCAAAUAUUAAAACAGUAUGAACCACUGAAUAUUACAUAUGUAAAUUAUGAAUUAGAAUGUAGUGUUAUUGAUUGUCUUUUUAUUUUAAAAAAUUGUGCCAAUUGUGAUAUUUUUAAAGAUUCGAAAGUUUUAGAAAACUUCUUAGUCAUAAGUACAGAAAUCAGUGUAUAUAAUUUUUUUUCGAAAUUUCAAGAUGGUCAUUAUGUUUUACUAGAAAAUGGAAACGCAAAUAAUAUUGCAGAUGAAUAUGAAUUAGACGAAUAUAAAAAAAGUAAUGUUUCUUUUAUAAGCGUUGAAAAAAUGUAUGAAACUAGAAAGCCAUAUAAAGUUUUCAGUGAAUUAUUAAUAAAUAAAUUAAAAAAAAAAAAUGUUUGUUCCCUUAUAUAUAUAGACUUAAACUCAAUUUUUCCUAAUUUUGUACACGUAGUUCAAAAAGAAUUAAAAAUAAAAAAUUAUUUUGUUUCCAGUUUAAUUAUAGCUUUUAACUAUUUAAUGAAAAACGGAAAUAUGAUUUUGCGUUUAAGUAGCGCACUUACAUUUUUUACAGCUGGUUUAAUUUAUAUAUUAUUUUGCUCUUUUGAAAAAAUUGAAUUUUUCUUACCUCCUUCAUGUGAUGACAUAAAUUUAGAUUUUUAUAUUUAUUGUUAUAAUUUCAAUGAAAAUUAUGUUUAUCGUCAUUACAUCCAAUAUAUAUGGGAUGCAAUAAUAUGCAAUCAAUAUAUGGAUGAAAAGAUUUUUAAUAAAGAAGAUAAUAGAAAAGUAGAAAUGAAAGAAAGAAAGAGAAAAUGUGAUAUUUAUUUUUCUACACCCAUAAAUUUUAUUAUGAAUAAAUAUUUUGUAUUGCUUUUAAAAAAAUUUAAUUCUUUUUAUUUUAAGCAUCAUAUAAAUAUAUGCUUGAGUUUUGCGAAAGAGCCAAAAUACUUUUAUCAUAAUAAAUCAUUAAUAAAAUGCUUACUAACUCAUUUUUUUAAAGCUUAUGUUAUUCAAAAUAAAGGAUUUAGUAAGUUAUAUAAAUCCAUAAAUAUUAAUUGUGAUGAAUUUGAUGAAAAAAAAGAUGAAACUGAAGAUGAUGAAAUAGAAGACAGUGAUGAAGAUGAAAAAGAUGAAAAAAGUGAAGAUGAAAAAGAGUUAAAUGAAGAGGAAAAUAUUCUUAAAAAUUCAUCUAGUGACUCAAAUUAUUCUAUUAUAUAUGAUUACAAAAAUGUUCCAAGUGAAAUAUCUAUAUCAGAAACUGUUUGGGAAAGUUCUUAA